UUGAAGCUGGCUGAGGUGUGUUUAUUGCCGUAUGUUUUCUGGGCUUGGUGUGGGUGGGUGUAUUAAGGGGACUUCCUUUGCCUGCAAUAUCUCUGCCCUAUAAACCAGUAAAGCCUAGUUAGUCACUUACUUUGACUGGUUAUAAAGACUCACACUCCCUCGUCUGUUGUCCAGGAGCCUCCGCUGUCAGCUUCACCUACCUCCACCUCUCCAACCAUCUGAGAGACGUUUUUAUCCCGAUCAUGGCUGUGACCAACCAACCAGGCAUGUUCCAGCCCUCUGACUUCCAGACCGGCGUGUGUGAUUUCUGCGACGACUGUAAAACCUGCAUCUGUGGUCUGUGUUGCUACAUGUGCCUGGGCUUCUCCAUCGCCAGUGACAUGAACGAGUGCUGCUGCUGCGGUCUGGGGAUGCCCAUCCGCAGCGUCUACAGGACCAAAUACAACAUCAGAGGUUCAAUGUGUACCGACUUCAUGAUGUCGUGGCUUUGUCCGGUCUGUGUUACCUGCCAGCUGAAGAGAGACAUUGACCGCAGAAAGGAACAAGGCAUUUUCUGAACGGAUGCUGAGAAGUCGAGAAUCUGCUUGGCCGCCGUGUUGCUGAUUCAGCCCGCUCUGUGUCUGGUGCAGUUGUUGAUUAAAUGCUAUACUGCAUGUUAUGCAGGUAAUUUACUCUUUGUGACUUUUUUAGUAUGAUCUAUAAUCCUCUGAGGUCAUUGACUGUCACAUUCUCCAGCGAGUUAAUCAUUAGCUGGCACCUCGAUGGUGGAGAAGAAGCUUCAUAAUCUACAGUUACAAUAAAGGCUAAAUAUCUAUGUUGUUCUGAGCAGUCGACUGUAUGAGAAGAUUGCUGUUGACUUCAAUUGUGCAGAAUUACCAUGAAGCUUUUCCUUUUAAUUUCACAUGGGGCUGGUUGUUCCUUGUUUUGGUUCCUGUAUUGUCCAAUGCUGCGUGAUUAAAUCAUAGUUUCCAGA